AUGUGUCUACAGUUGAGGCAUCUGGGGACUAUACCCUCAGAAAAAGCUAAGGCAGUGGCUAGAAAAGCCAUUUUCAAAAGUCCCAACAGAGUUAAUAAUUUGGGGCAAAAGCACAAGGAUAAAGAAUUAAGAGGGCCACCAGUUGGCGAUGUCCGACUGGAGCUGUUGCUGCCACUGCUGCCGGCUAUAAGCGGAGCUCCAGUCAGCUCGUCUGGGCGUCUCAUGGCCACUAGCAGCUCCUUGGUGCCCGACCGGCUGCGCCUGCCACUCUGCUUCCUGGGAAUCUUUGUCUGCUAUUUCUAUUAUGGGAUACUGCAGGAAAAGAUAACAAGAGGAAAGUAUGGAGAGGGAGCCAAGCAAGAGACAUUCACCUUUGCCUUAACUUUUGUCUUCAUCCAGUGUGUGAUCAAUGCUGUAUUUGCCAAGAUCUUGAUCCAGUUUUUUUACACUGCCAGGGUGGAUCGUACCCAGAGCUGGGGGCUCUAUGCUGCCUGUUCUGUCUCCUAUCUGGGUGCCAUGGUUUCCAGCAACUCAGCACUACAGUUUGUCAACUACCCAACUCAGGUCCUUGGUAAAUCCUGCAAGCCAAUUGCAGCUCUUGUACGUUGGAUGGACUAA